AUGUUUGAAAAAACCAAUCAAAAGAGUAGCAAGUCUAUAAAAUAUACAAACGAAAAUAAAGAAAAAGCAGAAAAAUUAUUUAUGCAAGCGUUAAAUCAUGAGCAUGAUGAAAACUUUUUAAAGGCUGUGAAGUUCUAUCAAGAAGCCAUAAAACUAUACCCGAAUAUUCUAAAAAUAUAUAUCAGUGACAAGGACGAACAAGUAGAUAAGAAUGAAUCAGCUGAAGAAAAUGAGCAACAGGAAAAUACAUAUUUAAUUGAUAUAUUAACAGAAAAUUUUUUCUCAGUAAUAAAGUUUUUAGACUUUUAUUCCAUGCAUAGGUUACUGUUUUCAUGCAAAGGUAUUUACUCUGUGAUAUCGAUUGAAUGCGAAUAUAAACGUUUAAGUGAUAUACAUUUCUCAAACUCUGAAGAUAAAAUCAUAUUAUAUGGGAAUUCUUUUAAAAGGUUACUGUUAGAAUAUCCGCGUGUUCGGCAUGACGGUGUCUACAUUAGUUGUGUUACUUAUAUAAGAUCUUUAAAAGAUAUCGGAAAUAUACACUUGGAUCCAAAAGACAGGGAUAGAGUUAUUUAUAACCCGUGUGUGGUUACGUAUUUUCGCUACUUACUAUUUUUGAAUGAAUCGAACAAAGUUCUUAUAAUGCGAUCUGAAGUAAAUAAAAAAGAAGUUUUAGAAGCUUUAGAAAUAUCGUAUCGAAAAAUAAAAAAUUGGAAUCUGUCUUUACCAAGUGUUGAGUUAAUUAAAGAUUUGUUAAAAUUUCAAGGAGAGGUUGAAAAUAGUUUAGUCAAAAUGAUAAGAAUAGGUGAAUAUACAUAUAAUAGAGAAGAAAAAACAAUAGAAAUACACUAUUCCGAAUUGCUACACGACCCUUAUAAGUACAAAAAUAUUGUUCAUUUGCGCUUGCAAAAUUAUUUGAGCGCGUAUAACAAUAUGCUGAAGUGGAUUUCUUUUAAAAUUCUGUCAAAAAUUAAGAUGAACUAUUCGGAGGAUACUCUGAAUAUUAAUAAUAAGCAGUACAGGUCUUUCUUUUUUUUUAACCUGAAGUUUUUAUCUCACCUUUUUAUAACAAAGAUAUAUGAAACUCAACCAUUUAAAAGAGAGCCAAGUUAA